CGAGGCGGGCAGAGCGGGCGGAAGGAACCUGCGCGGGGCUGCCACCGUGUCCCAGCCGGAGGGAGCCGCGGCCGCCGGAGCGUCGCGGGCCCCAGUCGCUCGGAACGGCCUCGCCGCCGCCCGCCACGUCCCCGCGCCCGCCGGAGCCCCGCGCCGCCCGCGCCCCCGCGAGCGCCCGCCGGCCCCUCGGCCUCCCGCUCGUCCUCCGCGCCCGCACCGGCCUUCACUCUGGAGCGGCCCCGGCAGCCGCAGCAGGGGCGGCGGCGGCGGAUCGAGGAGCUCUCGAGGUCGUCCCGGGAGAAGCUGCUGCAGUCCCGGGACAGGAUGUUCUCCAAGCUCGCCUUCAUCCUGCAGCACGCCGUGGAGGCGCUAGCACCUUCUCUUCCUUUACAAGAAGAUUUCGUUUAUCACUGGAAGGCAAUUACCCAUUACUACAUAGAGACUUCGGAUGACAAAGCCCCAGUGACAGAUACAAACAUUCCGUCUCAUCUGGAACAGAUGUUAGAUAUAUUGGUACAAGAAGAAAAAGAACGGGAAUCUGGAGAGACAGGGCCGUGUAUGGAAUAUUUGCUUCAUCACAAGAUCUUGGAAACAUUGUAUACCUUAGGGAAAGCUGAUUGUCCUCCAGGAAUGAAACAGCAGGUGCUGGGAUUCUACACUAAACUCCUGGGGAGAAUCAAGCAGCCGCUGCUCCCGCACAUCAACGUGCACAGGCCCGUGCAGAAAUUGAUUCGACUCUGUGGUGAAGUCCUUGCAACGCCAACGGAAAAUGAAGAAAUUCAGUUUCUCUGUAUUGUAUGUGCAAAACUGAAAGAAGAUCCCUAUUUGGUUAAUUUUUUUCUGGAGAAUAAGUUGAAAUCAUCGGCUUCCAAAGGAGCUGCCAGUGUAAUUGCAGAAGACACAUUAAAAGGUCAAGACUCCUUGUCAACAGACACGGGGCAGCCCUGCCGGCCACAGGAGCUGUCUGCGGCUGCCGGAACGGAACAGCCGGAGUUCGACCCCGAGCCCCCGCGGCAGGUGGACGACCUGUCCACGAGCCUGGAUAACCUCAGUGUGACUUCGCUGUCGGAGGCCACAGUGGUUCGUCCAAACCAGGACUACAACCUAGUGAACUCUCUGUUAAAUCUCACUAGAAGUCCUGACGGCCGGAUCGCGGUGAAAGCCUGCGAGGGCCUCAUGUUGCUGGCGAGUCUGCCCGAGCCCGCGGCCGCCAAGUGCCUCACGCAGAGCACGUGCCUGUGCGAGCUGCUGACCGACCGCCUUGCCUCCCUGUACAAGGCCCUGCCUCCGUCGGUGGACCCCUUAGAUAUUGAGACGGUGGAAGCCAUUAACUGGGGUCUGGACUCAUAUAGUCAUAAAGAAGAUGCUUCGGCAUUUCCAGGAAAACGAGCCUUAAUUUCAUUUCUUUCCUGGUUUGAUUAUUGUGAUCAACUCAUAAAGGAAGCACAAAAGACUACUGCUGUUGCUCUUGCCAAAGCUGUUCAUGAAAGAUUUUUUAUUGGUGUUAUGGAACCUCAGUUAAUGCAAACUUCCGAGAUGGGUAUUCUGACAUCAACUGCUUUGCUUCAUCGUAUUGUUCGGCAAGUAACCUCCCAAGUUUUGCUUGAAGAAAUGGUGUUUUUUAUCCUUGGAGAACAGAGGGAACCAGAAACUCUGGCAGAAAUUAACAGACACCCUUUAAGACACAGGCUAAUCGAACACUGUGAUCACAUAUCUGAUGAGAUAAGCAUAAUGACACUAAGAAUGUUUGAGCAUCUUUUACAAAAACCCAAUGAGCACAUUCUUUACAACCUGGUCCUAAGAAAUCUUGAAGAAAGAAAUUACACAGAAUAUAAGCCAGCGUGCCCAGAAGAUAAAGAUGUGGUGGAGAAUGGGCUGAUCGCAGGAGCAGUAGAUCUGGAGGAAGAUCCAUUAUUUACUGACAUUUCACCAGAUAACACUUUGUCAAACCAAGAGUGGCUUAGUUCUUCCCCUCCUGCUACUCCGGAGCACCCCAAAAAUGACGGGAAAACUGAAGUCCACAAAAUUGUGAACAGUUUUCUCUGUCUGGUACCGGAUGAAGCGAAAUCAUCCUACCAUGUUGAGGGCACUGGGUAUGACACCUACCUCCGCGAUGCUCACAGGCAGUUCCGGGACUACUGUGCUGUCUGCUUACGGUGGAAGUGGCCGGGGUCUCCGAAGGCAUUGGAGAAGUGCAAUCUGGAAGCCACUUUCUUUGAAGGUCAUUUUUUGAAAGUUUUAUUUGACAGAAUGGGAAGAAUUCUUGAUCAGCCGUACGAUGUGAAUUUACAGGUCACCUCGGUGUUGUCUAGACUUUCUCUCUUCCCUCAUCCACACAUACAUGAAUACCUUCUGGACCCUUAUGUGAACCUGGCUUCUGGCUGUAGGUCUCUCUUCUCUGUAAUUGUGAGGGUUGUUGGAGACCUUAUGGUUAGAAUCCAGCGUAUUCAGGACUUUACUCCCAAGCUUCUGUUGGUCAGAAAGCGAUUGCUUGGUUUGGAACCAGAAGGCCCAGUUAUUGACCACCUCACCUUGCUGGAGGGCGUGAUCGUGUUAGAAGAGUUCUGCAAGGAGCUAGCGGCAAUUGCAUUUGUGAAAUACCAUGCUUCCUCCACACCGUAAAUAGCACCUUCCAAGUAACCAAGGAAACAGAACUAUUGUGUACAUUUCAUCAAAAGAGACUCCGCUCCACCCAGUGAAGAGAGGAGAAAAAGCCUUUUUAAAUGAAGUAUUGCUAUAAACUGGAGAGAACCAUCAUAAACCCAUUGAGUGGGCAAUUUCAGUAAAAUGUUGUAGAAUAUUGUUUUCAUUGGCUUUAUCAUAAAGGCUCUAUGUACAAACUUGCACAUCCUUGAAUCCAGGAUACAAUCAAAGGAACUUCAAGAAAUAAGAAAACGCCUGUGUGAAAAGCCGCAAAAUUUCUGAUGUCAUGACUUUGAUAUUUCUGUUAUUUUAAUAUCCUUUUAGGUAGCAAGGCAUCUUUGACAUUCUCUGGGACUCAGAUGCUUAUAUUCUUUUGGAUUAAUAAGUAGCAAAAAAACCGACAAACAACUAAUUUUAUAACUUUUUAAGAUCAGAAUUCUUAUCAAACAAAAUAUGAAAAACUGUAAAUGAGAAAAUAAUACAAUUCAGGGACCAUCAAAUGAGUUGAGUUAAUAAGAGAUAAAAAUGUAUAGAGAACCAUUAACUUUCUUCAGCUUUUCUAAUAACAAUUUAAUAUGAUAAAAUUCUUGAUUAAUAUAUAUAUAUAUUAAUUAAAGAAAUGUUCUUCUACUCUUGUGCACAUAGCCAGGUAAGUGAUUAAUUUUCAUGUAUGGGUCCCAGUUUAUUUAAAUUGUGUCAUUUUUGCAACAACGUUGAAUUUGUGCUCACCAUUGGUAGUGUUUGCUAAAAUAGUAGUUUUAAAGCUUAUUUACAUGUAUUGGGUUGAGAACCUUUUAUUUCUCUCUCUCUCUGAAAAUUGUUUCAUAAAAUCGCUUUAUAAUUUAAUUUUCUUACUGAAAUGCAUAGUAGUGUCUCGGUGGGGAACUGACCGAUAACUCUUAGGCACCAGAAUGCCCAGUGGCCUCCCAAAUGUUUACUUUUUUUUUUCAUUUUGUUCAGUCUUUUGUUUUAAAUUAUUCUAAAGAGAGUUAAAAACCAACCAACCAGUCUGUCCUGUUUACAUGUGAAAGAAUGUGGGUGACUUGGGAAUGCGCCUGAAUGGGGGUGCACGGAGGAACGGGUGGGUCGUUUGGCAGAGCUGGGCGGGGCACAGCGCUUGGACUUGAUUUACACAAUGAUGUUUGCUAAUCCACUCUCUGUUCUUCUGUAAGUGAUGCUUGUCGCUCCGAGAUACUGCUUUGAAGCCUUCUUCACCUUUCUUCCUUGAGAUGUUAAGCAACAGCACUUUCCUCUCGCCUAUUGAGGGACAUUUGGGGGCGCAGACUGUCAGGCUUUCUGGCUGCAGAGGCGCUCUUCACGCGGCCCCUUCUAUGAAGUUGUUUUGUGCAGCGUGUUUGUGUGUAUGCGGUGUGUAGCGUGUGCACACAAGCAUGUUUUACACCUACUGCUAAUUUUGUUGUAUUCGUUUUUCUGAUUUAUUUUAUAGUUAGUUUUUGCUAUUUAUUAAGAAUAGUAUAUCAAAAGAUUAUGAAUAUUCUUGGCUCUCAAACGCUUACCACUGUUAAAACAACAAAAAGACCAAAUUUCUAAUUUAAUGCCAAUCUUUGUGAGCUCCUUCUAAGAAAUGUAUCAAGCAGAGUAACAGAAAAAGAAAAGUGGGAAAUAGUUACUUCGUGCGGGCUCCUCUUUAAAAGAUGUUUAAUGAUGGGAAAUCAUUAUGCAGUUGCUGUAUUUAUUCAUUUGUCCAAGCAAGAACACUGCAACGUCCUCAGUUUUAGAUGUGGUUAUAGCCUACUUUGAGGUAGGUGCAUUUAAAAUACGGCAUUAAGAGAUAUUAGAUAUUUCUGAAUGUUGUCAUAGUGUUCAGUAGGUGGAAUAGCACUGACGGGACCUCUCCAACUAAUGCUAUUUUAUCUUUGAUUUCACAAUGGGACCCUAUAGCUAAUCCAUGAAACCAGGCUCAGAAAAGCUUUAACUCUUAUGUUUCGUGUGUAUGCUGCUUCUUAAAAACAUAUUUUUCUAAGUUAUUGUAAUGACUGUGAUGUGUAAUCAGCUAAAGUUUAAGGUAUACUUUGUUUCUCUUCUCAGUUUCUCUCUCUCCCUCCCUCCCUUGCAUUCCCUUUCUUUUACUCCUAUUUAGUGCAGCCCCAGAGCCAGCACGAGUUCUCCCAGUAGUUGGAUUUGUUAGUGAAACAUUGUACUCCAUUUUAGUCUUUUUCUUGCUGUCUUUCAGAAGCUAAACAUUUCUAAUUCUUGGUACUUGCAAAACAGUGACUAAAAGGUACUGUGUUGGGUAGAAAGUACCAGAUUAACAACUGAUUGCUCUUGCAAGUUCCAAACUGAAUUUUAGCCUUGCUUCACAUUGGUAUGAAUAGCUAUACACAUUUAUUUUAAAAUCUUUCUCUCUACCAGUAUAGUCUUUGGGGUUAUUUUUAGAAAUGAGCCACAUUCUUUACUUGAUAGAACUCAGAUUUGUUCUUAGCCAAUUAUCAUUGCAGUACAUUAUAACUAUGUAAUGUUGCGUAAUGUAACUGUGCAAUAUGGAAGCUAUGAGUGGAUUUAUAGCUUUGUGGUUUAAUUGUACAUUAUUGUGUGUGUACAUGUGUAUAUAUAUGUAUAUAUAAUAAGGACCAAAAUCCUUAGCUUGCUUACACUGUUGCUAGUGUAAAAAUUGUUACACUUAAUUUUACAGGGCACAAAUUAUGGAAUUACCUUCAUAACCCAUGGUAACAUAUUUUCAUAAAUUAUUGCAUUAAUAUGCAAUUACCAUUUAAUUAUAAAGUACAUAGGUAUUGACAGAAAUUACAGCAAAGUGCUAAAACCACAAAUUAUAUGGUAAUUAUAUCUUGUACAAUUAAUCAAAAUAUGCAUGUCAUUAUGACACUUGAUGUGUUAAAACAUGAUAGAUAAUCAUAUUUCUGGGCCCUGUAAAAUAGUGUUACUGUAAUAAUCUGUUUGCCUCCCGCCUUGUUUACAUUAAACAAAGGACAUUUGGUAAAUUUUUCUAUUGAACAUUGUGUAGAUUACUGACAGUGUUACCAAGGCCUGGAAUUCUUGGGCCAUCUAUGAAGAAACUCUUCAGAUGGUGUGACUGUGUUCCCAGGAGGUUGUGAUUAAGUCCAGUUUUUUGUGCUAACAGUGCAUGCAGGACUAAGAGGGAUAAUCUAAAAAUAAAUCAUGUAAUUUAAACAAAUGUCUUGUAUUCUUGUAGAAUUCUAAUUGGAAACAUUUUAUUCACUGCAUUGUUGAAAACAAUAAUUCCAGACACACAAAAAGGUAUGGCACCCAACAAUCAGUAGGUCAGUAGAACAUUGACUUCAC